GACAAGGAUUUGAUGCAAGCAUUGGAUCCUCAAGACAUGAUGGUGCUUAUUUGAGAUGUAACUAUUCUGGAAAAAAAAGAGAGAGUAGAAAAAAUCUGGAUCCUCUAAAUCAGCAUAAUAAACGAUCAAAAAAAAUCAACUGUCCUUGGCAAGUUAAUAUCAGAAAUUCAGCAUCUCAAGGAGUCCAUAUUACAAAAUUUGAGAACAAACAUAAUCAUGAAAUAACACAGGAUGAAAUUGAAUAUUAUUCUUACAAAAAUACUGAUAAAAAUGUUUGGGCAGAAAUUGAAUUUUUUGUUAAUCAAAAAAUUAAAUUACCGCAAAUAAAAAAUAUGAUAAAACAAAAGUAUCCAAAUGAAAGAAUAAAUGAUAAAAAAUUGGAUAAUUUUGUGCAAUCUGUGAAAAGGGUAUCAAAAAAUGAUGCUGGAAAUUUAUGCAAAAAACUGACUGAUAUGAAAAAUAAUGAUCCAGAAUG